AUGAAUGAAGUCCCAGACACAGCCCAGCAUUAUAUUGAGUGUGACACGGAAUCCUGUAUAAACUUCUCUGUGUUUUACUGCAAUACCUGUCAUCAGCGAAUAUGUGACCAAUGCAAACAGCGCCAUCUAGAGCUGAACAAAGAACAUGAUAUUGUCCUCUAUAGACGGAGAAAGAAAAAACUUCCUUCAGAGAAAUGCAAGAUCCACCCCACAGAAAAAUUAGAUAUUUUCUGUGAUGUUUGCCAGGAUCCUCUUUGUUCUACAUGUUUUGACCAAGACCACAGUGACCAUGGUAAAAGUGACCUUGAAACCAUCUAUAAUGACAUUUUACAGCGAUGUCAGAAGGAAAUAAAUGAUAUCUGGAACAACAUCCCUAAAGCUAAAGAUAACAUUGAAUCAAUGAAAAAUUAUGUCAAGAAUGAAAUUGCCAAAAUAAGAGUUUCCAUGCAGAAGAGAGCUGAUGAACUGAAAAUGGUUGUUAAUAGUGUUCUAACUGAUAAUAAUAAAAAAUUAGAUGAGAUCGAGAACUCUGUCCUAAAUCAUAUGGGGGAACAACAGAAAAAAACAAAGGACUACACAGAUUACUUGGAAGGAAUGAUUGUAGACUAUGAGAGUAAAAUGUCUUCAAUUAAACCCACAGAACUCAUGACAUUCCAUUCAGACAUUUCAUUAGCUACCCUGAAGAUGACUAGUAAAUCUGAACCCAACUUGCCAAACUUUACAUUUGGUACACUAAAUAAAGAAGAAAUAGCCAAACAGUUUGGUGAAAUAGAACUAGAUUUAUCAGAAAGGUUUGAGCCUUCUUCCAUCACAAAAGUAAAAGAAGUCGCUCUCCAGAGACCUAUAAUUUACCACUUGUCUCAAUUGCCCCCAAAUAAAUUUUGGGCUAGUGAUAUCUUAGGGAAUCUCACACAGUAUGAUAUGGAAGGAAACAUCUUAAAGAUCAUAUCCACCAAUAUUGGAUACAUUCAAGGUAACCACACAGUCACGACAGAGGGUAACCUACUUUACACAGAUAACGAUAAAAACACGGUAUACAGAGUAAGCAGUGACAUGUCCAUCAACAAGUUUUUCGAGACAGGGAAAUGGAAAGCUGGAGCCAUCUACUCCUCUCCUGUUAACGGAAAUAUAUUGAUUGUGAUGGAGAUUAAACCAAUCCAAAAGAUAACUAAAUACAGCAGAGAGGGAAGGAAGUUACAGGACAUACAGUGGGAUGAUAAAGGAAAAACUCUCUAUAAAAGUAUAAAUUAUAUCACAGAGAACAUCAAUGGCGACAUCUGUGCAUCUGACUGGAAAGCUGGUAAGGUUGUUGUGGUGACAGCAUCAGGGGAGUACCGCUUCACUUAUUCUGGUCACCACUCUCAGUCUCAAUUCCGUCCUUUUGGAAUCUGUACAGAUGUCCUGGGAAACAUUUUGGUGUGUAAUGGCUAUUUUACAAAUAAUGAAAACUGCACUAGUAUCCACCUGCUUGACUUGAAUGGUCAGUGCCUGUCUCUUUUACUCACACCAAAACAAUGUCCUCCACGUCCCUGUGCUCUCUGCAUUGAUAAACAACACAAUCUCUGGGUUGGGACAUUGAAUAUUCGUACUGUCUUUGUGUACAAAUAUUUGCAGAAUACAAACCCAUGA